CAGUCCAUUCAGCUGCCCUGAGGGAGAGGGUUCAGACCCAAUGGAGUCCACGCAGCUUCCAGCUGCAUGGUCACUCCGCAGUGAAGGACCAGAGGAGGGAGGAGGUGUGGCUAUUUACAGCCCACCACCAGGCUCACCUGGUGGAGGGGGCGUGGCAGAGGAGUUGGGAGGCGGUCCUCUAAUCACCAUUGUCAAAAAGGAAAAGGAUGACUUGUGGUCAUGUGACAGUUCUGCCUCCUCCGACAGCGAGGAUGAGGAGGACCGUAAAGGCAGGAAGAAGAAAAAGAAGAAGAAGAAGAAGCUGAAAAAGAAGAAGAGCAAGAGGUCCCGGUCAUCUUCGUCUUCCAGUAGCUCCUCAGACAGUGACUGGAGUGAGGAUGAGAGGAAAAAGGGGAGAAGGAGAAAAAAAGAGAAGGCUGUGACUACUAUCAUACCUGAAUCAGGCCUGGUGCUGGAAAUAGUGUUAACACCACUGAAGGAGCCGAGCGACGAGCAGGAGAGGAAGAAAGCAAAAAAGGACAGCGCUAGAUCUGUUUUGCACAUUUUCAUCAGUGGUGGCAAUAAUUCUGGACCUGACUGUGCAUCUUCAUCUCUUGCCCAGAAGAAGAAAAUUAAGAAGAAAGACAACAAGAAGCAGAAGAAGAAGAAGAAGGACAAGAAAAAGAAAAAGAAGAAAAAGAAAAAGAAAAAGUAUUCCAGCUCAUCUUCCUCAUCGGAUUGCUCCUCCUCGGAAAGUGAGGACGAGAAAAAGAAAAAGAAGACGAAAAAGAAGGACAAGAAGAGGAAGAAGAAGAACAAAAAGAAGCAGAAGAAGAAAGAUAAGAGAAAGUACUACAGCUCACCUUCAUCUUCAUCAUCAUCUUCAUCUGAGAGUGACCAGGAAACAUCACACAGGAGCUCUAAAAAAAAAACGCAGACAGAGAGGGAAGAAGGACAAGGUGAAGGAGAAGAAUGUGUUCCUGGGUUUUCAGGAUUCUCUGGAGAGGCCGAAGUUGAGCAAGAUCUUAGGAGGUGCGACGAGGCAGAAAGAAGGAAGGAAGGACAGAAGAACAGUGUGAAGAAGAAGAAAAAGGUUUCUUCAUCAUCAUCCUUAUCUUCGGACAGUUUGUCCUCAGACAGCGAGGAUGACAAGAAAAAGAAAAAGAAGAAGAAAAAAAAGAAGAAGAUGAAGAAGAGGAAGAAAAAGAGAAAGGAUUCCAGCUCAUCAUCAUCAGACUGCUCUUCCUCAGAGAGUGAGGAUGAGAAGAAGAAGAAAAAGAAGAUGAAAAAGAAGGAGAAGAAGAAAAGGAAGAAGAAAAUAAUGAAGAUACUGAAGGAAAUGGACUUCAGCUCCUCAUCUUCAUCUGAUAGCGAAGAGGAGGAGGAGGAGCCAAAGAGAAGAAAGAGGGAGAAAAAGAAGAAGAACAAGACAAAGAAGAAGAAGAAAGGUCUGGACAGGAAGAAAAAGGAGUCUAGCCAUCCUCCACCUCACAGGGAUGAUGACAAUAGGAGAGAAGAGGAAGAAGAACAGGAAACAGCUGGAAAUCUGCAGCAGGAUAGAGAGAGGGAGGAAGCAGAGAGAGAAGGAGGGAGAUACGAGCCUUUCCCAGAUGACCCAGGGAGAGAAGGCCUGAUGGAGGGGGCGGGGUGGUCUGGUCCUAGGGGCGACGGCGGGUUCACCUGGAGAGGCGGAGCCUAUGCCUCAACCAAUCCAGACGCUGAGUCAACUUCUGGAACCAGAGAGGAGUCUCCGUAUCAAAUAGUGAAUGAGUAGGAAUUAUGAUCUGCUCAUUUUUACACAAAUGGUGUUUCUUCUUAAUUACUGAUAAUUACUGAUUAUAGCAAUUAUGUGAUUUAAAAUUAUUUUAAUGAGUAAACAAUAUCAAAAAGAAAUGAAGCAAAACUGCAACUUGAUUAUAUACAGUAUAUUUUGUUACAUAAUGGAUAUAUUUCUUUAUUGCUUUUCAGUGUAAUAACAGAUGACUCGAAAAAACAACCUUUAUGAAAAAAAAAGUAAUGAAUUUAUACAAAUCACAGAUAUAACACAGAUAUAACUGCAGCCAAACUGGCAACACACCUUUCUUAUUUAGCUGCAAUAUCACCUAUUAUAUUUACACCUAUUAUAUUUCCUGGCGAGCUGCCAGUCAUUGUGAGAGUGUAUCAGUGUGAAUGCACACUGUGAUGAAUCGCAUGGGUGCCUUCUUUUAGCGUUCAGUCAGUUUGAUAUGAUAUGCAAGAGCUUCUGAAUAAAAACAAAUCCUGCUGAAAUAAAA